AUGUAAUGAGAGAGUAUCGAUGUAUUGAAGUUACUCAAAAUGUUGGUUCUUUUCUCAGUUUUCUGUAGUAUUACUUGUAUAUUUGUUGUUAGAAUUUAUUGGGUGUUAGUUAGAAAACGAGAAUUAAAGAAAGAGAAGGUUGAUAGAUUCGUCAAAACAAUGAUAGUUGCUGGAUCAGGUGGCCACACUAAAGAAAUGCUGUUGUUAUUAAAAGGCUUGUCAAGAUUUUAUUAUCCUAGAAUUUAUGUUGUGGCAGAUACUGACACUAUGAGUUCAGAGAAAAUUGAGAAUUUUGAACAAAAAAAUAAGUAUAAAAUUGAAAAGAUCCCACGAAGUCGUGAAGUUCACCAAUCAUGGAGUUCAACUGUUAUAACUACAUUAAAAUCCAUCAUAUUUUCAUUUCCACUUGUAUUUAGACAUAACCCUCAGUUGAUCUUGUGCAAUGGCCCUGGAACAUGUAUACCAAUUUGUUUUGCAGCAUUUAUGCUAAAGGUUUUUGGAAUACAAACAGCAUCAGUGAUAUAUAUUGAAAGUAUUUGCAGAGUAGAAACGUUAUCAUUAUCAGCAAAAAUCUUGUACUAUUUUGCUGACAAGAUUCUUGUUCAGUGGAGACAACUAGAAAAGAAAUACCCAAGAACACUGCAUCUUGGAAGAUUAGUUUAAUGCGCUGUGCUUUAAUAAUAUUAUUCUGUGUAUCAAUAUCAUCUUUGUCUUUAUGCUUGUCUAUUUAUACUGAAAUACAAUUUUUACAACACACUGUUAUUGGAACUGGUAUUGGAGUUUAGAACUCAGUCUUUUCG